GUUCACGUGACGGAACGUUGUGCUUCACAUCAGAAACGGUAACCUCGUCCUGCUGAGACCGGAAAAGUUUGAAAGGAUCUCGUCAUGAAGGGACAAACCAAGAAGCUCGUGCCACCGGAUGGUGGAUGGGGAUGGAUGGCCUGCCUAGGAAACAGUCUGAUAAACAUCUCGCUUCGUUCUUUGGACCCAUCGUUUGGCCUGCUUUUUGGAGAUAUAUUGAACGAACUGAACGUAACAACGGUUGGAGGCACCUUGAUAAUGGGGAUCCUUGAAUCAGUGGUGAAUUUCUCAGGUAUGUUCGUGGGUCCGGCGAUAAAGAAAUUCGGCUGCCGUAAAAUAGGAAUAAUCGGUGCCUGCUUAAGCUGCACAGGUCUAAUCCUAACGUCACAGGCAAACAGCAUAGGUUACAUAAUCUGCACCUACAGCAUCCUCGGUGGAAUUGGAACAGGAUUUGCAAUGUCAGCAGGUUUCGUUUCACUACACAGCUACUUUGCUCAGAAACGAACCCAAGCAGUUGGUCUUUCAAUGGCUGGCACAACUCUUGGAAUGAUGUGCAUGCCGCAGAUCGUACACUUGCUCCUGAUCUACUACAACUUUCGCGGUGCUGUUCUCAUCCUCGGUGGCCUGGCUUUGCACUCAGUCGUCGGUUCCUGCCUCCUUCAACCUGUAUCCUGGCACUUGGUACCAGCCCCCAGUGACGAGCAGAAGUUGAAAAAUUUCAAGUCCAAUGGAAGAGUGUUGGAAGGAGAGAAACUCUUAAGGAAAGAUGACAACGGAUAUCGGCGAAAAAGUACUUCCUCUGACGAGUCUAGCGUGGAUCUAUCGACGAAUAACGUAACGAAAGAGAACACGAAUGAAAAAUUACAAGCUCACGAGGAAGAGUGUGAGAAAAGUGAACCGAGCGAUGAGCAAACGUCAUGGCAGUCAGCUAAGGCAAAACUUAUCGCCUUCUUCGACUUGGAUCUACUCACAAAUGCCACAUACCUGAACACCGUUAUUGGCGUGGGCUUAUUCUCGUUGGCGGAGUCGAACUUCAAAAUGAUAACACCAUUUUUCUUAGCAAGCAUCGGCAUGGCGGAUGUUGAGGUAGCCUUUUGCCUUUCUCUCACCGCCUUUGCGGAUGUCGUCGCCAGACUGACGAUGCCCAUGAUAUUCGGGAAGCUGAAACUCAAGAACAGAAAGGUCUUUUGGGUCAGUUCAUUUCUGGUUGGCAUCAGCCGUUCGAUGAUGGCAGAACAAGUAGUGGGCAAAAUUCUGAUGGCCAAUUUAGUUUUCAAUGGAUUCUUACGAGGCAUUACGGUGACGAAUCUCAAUCUUUGCGUUACCGAAGGUUGCUCACUGUCCAAAGUCCCCUCGGCCCUGGGAAUGUUGAUGGUUUCCAAGGGUCUGUUCGUUGCUGGUUUAGGGCCUGUAUUAGGGCAUAUCAGGGACUGGACUGGAAGCUAUCGAAUAUGCAUACACUCAAUGACGGUUUCGAUUAUGCUGUGUACAACAUCAUGGGGGAUAGAAUUUGCAGUGAAGGAAAUUCGCAAGCGGAUUGAGAGCAGUUCUCAACGCGAGGUUGGUGUGAGGAGUAAAAUGGUUUAAACUACCAGCGAAUUGGUGCGAUGAUGAUCACAGUGAAUUACUGUCUACGUUGCUAAUCCGUCAACCUCAUUGAUCGAUAAUCACAAGUGAAAAUUGAA